GUCAUAUAGUACAACUCAGGCAGAGCUCGGUCAGUCCUGUGAACGCUGCUGCUGCUGCUGUUGCUGCAUGGAGAGCCUCAAGGGCAAAACCUGCGCUGGCACAAGACUGGCCCGUCGGAUUUAACGGAUAAGAACCGUCCUCAUCGCGCCUUUUCUUUGGGAUUAUAUUUGCUGUGAGUGGGCAAGAUAAACUGUAUCCUGGCUGGAGACCUUGGAUUGUAAGAGUGUUUUCCUGACGCUUACUUUUUCCACCCUGAGAGAACACAGCAGGUGUUUCUUUAUCUGGCCCGUUUGGGAAGUUUUAGCCUUGAUGACCUUGGUUUGUUUGGCCUAACUCUCCCGGCACCACAAGGAAAACUUCUCUAACAAAUCAUCCUAAACACAGACUCAGAGUCCAACCAGAGACAGCAGUUUGGCAACGUCGAGGGAUGGUAGAUAACUCCCCGGUUAGCGAGGGGACUUUUCUUCCUUACAGUGGCUCUCCACAGGCCUACACGCUGUCAGACAUGGUGACAGAUCUGGGCUCCUACCAGGUGAUGCCAUCGCCUUUUUCGGAGGAUGACCUGAGCGAGUCAUCCAGCCCUCGUUCCUGCUCCAGCCCGGACUCCCAGGUGCUCAGCUCCAGCUAUGAAAGCAACUCGAGCACUGAGAGCCAGGACAGCAUCCUGGAUCACCUGCUGUCCCAGGCCUCAUUAGGGGGAGCCAGCAAUGUGCCUGCAGGCUCUGGGGCACCGAUACCGUUAUCCUCAUUCCUUUGGGACUCACGGAGAGAUGAACCUCCAAAACGUGAGCCUGUAAAAGUGGAAAGUUUUGACUUCUUCACUUGGUCCAAUGUGGAGACGGAGGAACAACUUGGAGGGUCUUUCCAGCCCACACUAGAAGAGAUCGAAGAGUUCUUGGAGGAGAAUAUGGAGGUAGUAACAAUGAAGCAGGAGCUCAGAGAAAGUUGCCCAGGGUUGGGAGUGGGACUGGAGGAAGCUUUAGGUCUAGGAGUUGGCCCAGCGUGGGUGAGGGAGCCGUCUCCUGAGCCUAAACUGGAGGAAGAGGCUACGUAUUUAGAUCAAACUGUGCCAGACACUGCUGGCUUGGCUACUGCUGCCUCCUCUGAGACCAAAACUUCAUCAGUUAACCCUGUAAAUGAAUCCAGCACAGGAGCAAAGAAGGCAUUAGUGAACAAAUCUGCAGACGGUGGCACAAACAGCAGUGGGGUACCAGUCGUCCUACAGAUCCAGCCCCUCCAGAUCAAGCAGGAACCCACAGUAGCACCUCUGACCCCAGCAGCCCCACCCCCACAGUCUGCCCCGGCCUCAGACAUCAAAAUCGCGCAGCUUCUGGUCAACAUCCAAGGUCAGACCUUUGCCCUGGUGCCCCACAUUUUACCCUCUCCCAACCUUAAUAUCUCCUCCAAGUUUGUGCGCAUAGCUCCAGUCCCGAUUGCAGCCAAGCCUCUGGGGCUUGGAGACGGUUCAGCUGGCCAGGGAACAGGUAUUCUUGUUGGAGGUCAAAAGUUCCAGAAGAACCCAGUGGCGGAUCUUAUAAAAAUGCACAAAUGCAACUUUCCCGGCUGCACCAAGAUGUACACCAAGAGCAGCCACCUGAAGGCCCACCUGAGGAGGCACACGGGGGAGAAGCCCUUUGCCUGCAACUGGCAAGGCUGUGGAUGGAGAUUUUCUAGGUCAGACGAGCUCUCACGACACCGGCGAUCCCACUCAGGUGUCAAGCCCUACCAGUGCCCAGUGUGUGAGAAGAAGUUCGCCCGCAGCGACCACCUAUCAAAACACAUUAAAGUCCACCGCUUUCCACGAAGUAGCCGGACAGUUCGCUCAGCAAACUGACACCACGCUGCUCACAUCUCUGGGAUCACCAGGACUGCUGAGAUCUCUCUCAUACAGACAUAAUCCACACGAGCAAUGGCUACACUUUGCUUUUUUGGUCCAGCAGUCUUUGAUUUGUCCUUAUUUAUUGUGCUAAAAUAAACCGACACAGUUACCAUCCUGUAAUCAGCGUACGGUUGUUGUUGUUGGUGCUUUGGCACUGCUGUUUGCUCUGUCUUUAUCACCUUUGUCAGCAGAAGAUAAGAUAAGCUUAUUUUCAUUCACUCUGAAUUAUGUGAUCGCUUCGAUUUAAGUCUUGCAUUUCCAUUCUACCUGGAUCAAAACAACUGCCUUUAUCUUCCUGAGAGCUGCCAACGUCUUGGACAUUCCUCAUGUUAUGCAAUGUGUAGGAAGACUGAGAGAAGGUCACUGGGAUCCUUGUUAGCUGCUACAGAGUCGUAGUUACUCUUCCUGGGGUCCACGGAGGUUUCUCCUGGGAGGCUCCUCUGAGAGCUUGUCCUAGUUUAUGCUGCACAAUUCAUAGAAAGUACAGUUAAUGAUUCAACUCAGUGCUGAUGCACAGGGAGAGGCUUGUUUUCAAUGUGGUCAUGGACUACUGAUUGCAUAACAGAGUAAGGAAUCUUACCAGAAGAUAGCAGGACUCUUCUCAUGUUUUAUGAGCCUGAAGGACUCUAAAGGAGGGGAAUGACAAAGCAACAUAAGAAAUGCAAAAAAAUGAAACCUGAGUAGAGGUCAUUAAAGCGCACAGUGAUUGUUAAAUCAGCCUUCUGAUCAGUGUUAAUUCAGAUUUGUGCAUUGUUGUUAAGCUAUGUCUUGUGUACCUACCUGCUUAUUAUCUGGCCUUAAUGUACCACAGAAUCCUUACUGGAGAGUCAGAUGAUUUGGGAAACCGGGCUUUUCAGUGAUCAUUAUUUAAUGAGGUGUUCAGUGACUCCUAAAAGUGUCAUACUCUGUCUCCUGUCAGCCAGUGCAUAGCCUUGGAACUGAAUGUCUCAGUCUGCUAUUAUUAUCUGAACUAUUAUUUUGCUGACAACUUCACACAAAAUCUGCCUCAGCUCUUCUUCAUGUGACUGACUCUGAAAGGCUCGCAGACACGCCUCAGCUGGCAGUGAUAUCAAUGGACACACUACACACCAUGGUGCUGAACUACAUGGAGGAUGAUCUUUUGAGAAUUGUUGUCACAACAUCCCUUUGAGGCCAUGACACAUUUUGUAACGCCCUAACUAUUUUAUUGUACCACACCCCGCUGUGAAUAUGUAGGGGUGUGGCCAUGCCGUCCAUGUGUAAUUCAUGUGUGUAAAGUGACAACAAGCAGGGGUACACAACAUUGUACAUCAUUCCUUUCAUUCAAUUUUUGAAUUUGUAAUGCUUGUGUGAACACAGGUGUUUUAUCGCAUCCUAUGAAUGUAUGUAAAUAUGCAGGAGUGUGCAUCGCUGCAUCCAGGAGUCACAUGGGGACGAUCCUGAGACCAUAUCUUAAAACAAAUCAGUGCUUGUGAAGAUUUUUAGUGUAAACCCUAAAUGUGUACAUAACAUUUCAGUACAUAUGAAUAUAUUAUAUAUAUUUUUCUUUGUUCUAUCCAAAAUGCAUUUACAAAUAAAACAGAAAAAUUAACACUUUUGCUGUCAUUUCUUAAACUGUGAAUUCCCUGCCUCUAUUUUAUCGAAUAAAAUAUAUUAUUUUUCUUUCUAAAGGAUAGGGUAUAGAGUCAAUAUUCCCUCCUCACCGCAUUCCCAGUUAUUUUGCAAAAUUUUCUCUGAUGUUCCCAAAUAGUCUAUGCAAACACGGCCUCAACCAUUAGACUGAACAAACCUCCCAAUGAUAAUUAUAAUAAUUAGAAAAAAAUGUAAAAACUCAAAAUGCACUGUUGCAAAUUAUUAUACACAACAGAGCUUCAAAACAUUUUAUAGAUUAUAAAGAACUGAUAAUGGUCAUUUGUAGAAUUUGCAGCUUUAUGAGGUAAUACUGAAAUCAAAAGCUAUUUAAAUCAAAAACAUCUUAACAGGCCAAGUUACAUGUUUACACAGGACCCCUUCUUUAAUAUCACC